GCUGUUGUCCUGGUGGAGUGGUUGAUAUGAUAAAGUUCUUGACAUAAGAUACACUUUAUUGACUUGUCCUCUGCAUUUGACCCAUCCUAGUUACGUAGAAAGAGUGGGCAGCUACAGUGAAGUGCCCAUGGACCAACUCCAGAUCUUCCAGCCUUGGUCAAGGGCAAUGGCUGCAGUAUACCCAACCUGACACGCAUGCCUUUCGGUAAACUAGGGUAAACUAGUUUAAACCAAGCAAAGCCGGUGUUUAAAAAAAAAAAAAACUGAUUACAGCCCCCCACUUCCAAAAUAACCAGAAACACACGUAAAAGUGUUUUAAUUUCCAGACUGUUUUAGCAUGCCCUUUUGUUAUUUCUGUGUGCCAAGCUUUCUGCUGUUAAAAAAAAAUACAAAUGUGGUAUUCGCAGCUGUACUAGUGCCUUUGGACAGAUCUCGCAGUGGAAUGAGUUUACAGGUGUGGAAUGAGUUUACAGCUAUUAAACGGGUGUAUUGGUGAGGUACUGUUGUAAGACGGGCAGCGCUGUUGGGUCUCCAUUAUAGAUUCCCUGCUAUCCUCUCUCCUGCACAGUUUUUUUUUCUAUGGGAGACUGAAACCUGAGACCGUUUGGUUGCUCAUUCUGCCAGUAAGGUGGAGUCUUUCUUUAUCAAAGUUAAUGUUUGGUCAAAUGCUCACAGACUGCUAGCAGACCUCUCUCUACAUUGCACUCCUGCGUGUCAUGCUGUGAGGGCGCGGAACGGGAGGGGCUGGAGAUGAAGUCCCUGAGCUCCAGGUGCGCCUUUUACUUGGGCUUCCUGGUGGGCACCUGCUCGCUCUACUUCUUCCUGCGGCAGGCGUGGUUCGAGAAGAGCUUCGCCCCACCGCUCGACGUCGGCGGCACGCCGGAAGAAGUCGCCAGUGGCCAGAACUGGAAGGUGGAGCGAUCGGCCCUCAUCAACCUGAACCACCCGCACCAGACAGGUGAGGACAGCCGGUUGGCGGACGAGCUGUACCGCAAGGUUCGCAUCCUGUGCUGGGUGAUGACGGGCCCUGGGAACCUUCAGAAGAAGGCGCGGCACGUAAAGGCCACCUGGAGCCGCCACUGCAACCUGGUGGUGUUCAUGAGCUCGGUGGAGGACCCCGACUUCCCCACCGUGGGCCUGGGCACAGGCGAGGGCCGCGACCAGCUCUACUGGAAGACCAUCCACGCCUUCCACUACGUGCUGAAGAACCACGGCGACGAGGCCGACUGGUUCCUCAAGGCCGACGACGACACCUUCGUGGUGGUGGACAACCUGCGCUGGGUGCUGGCCAACCACACGCCCGAGGAGCCCGUGUACUUCGGCAAGCGCUUCAAGCCCUACGCCAAGCAGGGCUACAUGAGCGGCGGCGCGGGCUACGUGCUGAGCAAGGAGGCCCUCCGGAGGUUCGUGGAGGGCUUCCGCACCAAGGUGUGCACCCACACCACGCCCGUGGAGGACCUGGCGCUCGGCCAGUGCCUGGAGAAGAUGGGCGUCCUGGCGGGCGACUCGCGGGACACGCUCCACCGCGAGACCUUCCACCCCUUCGUCCCCGAGCACCACCUCACCGGAAAGUUCUCCAAGAGCUUCUGGUACUGGAACUACUGCUACUACCCCAUUGUAGAGGGUCCGCAGUGCUGCUCAGAUCUGGCCAUCUCCUUCCACUACGUAGAUGCGGAGCUCAUGUACGUACUGGAGUACUACACCUACCACCUGCGCGCCCGCGGCUACCACUACCGUUACUCGCCCCCGCUGCCAGAGGGCAUGGACAAGCCGCCCGACGCGGAGAAGGACGGGCUGGGGGCCCGGAAGGAGGGCACGGAGGUGGCGGUGGCCGGCCAGGGCGAGGAGAAAACCAAGAUGGAGCCGGAGCAGGAAGGCCUGGUUAAGCAGACCUCGGAAAGAGACUCGGCCCGCAACCAGACUGAAGCUUCGCAGGCGAAACCCCAAUAACCUUUAUUAAAGCACGCGUGCAUGUGUUCAUGCCCGUGUGCGUUUGUGUGUGUGUCUGUGUGUGUGUGUGAGAGAGUGAGUGAGUCCGAGAGAGUGAGAGGGACAGCGAGAGAGAUAUGGAGAGAGAGAGGUUGUACAAGUGUGCAUAUUAAUCCCUCCCUAUGUCAAUAGGUCCAUGUUUGCAUAGGUGGGAUGACUGGAGAAUUGAUGCAACCAAAAAAUAAAAUAAAAAGAAAGUUAUUAAUGCCCUUUAUUCCAAGUUAUAGUCAUAUAUUAAAGUCAUUAAAGUCAAGGUAAUUGUCUGCAUGGGCACCGAAGUUAUAUUAGUAUCAUGUUUGGAAAAUAACUUGAGGGAAACAUAUAAGCUAGGUUUACUUUUGGAUUCCUCAUUUCUGUGUAUUAAAAAUACUGCAGUGUUUUGAGUAUCAUUACAUAUCGUUUGGUUAAAUGCAGUCAUAUGACUAAUAGCCCACUCGUACACCGUGAUUUGAUUCUUACUUGCAGAAUAUUUUAUAAAGUUUUUAAUACAAGAUCACAUUCUUUGGUGUGUGUUUAAGUAACUGAAAGGCGUAUUGUUGGGAAGACAUGAAAAGGUUUUUCAUUUGACAGAAGAGUAUAUUCUUUGAAGUUGUUUGGCUUUUUUUGUCUAUGAAUUCAGUAUUCACUGGCUAUUUCUGUUCUCUGUAGAGCUACCUGGAGGUGAAAACGAAUUGUUUAACCCCGGAGUGUCCGAUCUUAUCCAAAAAGGGCCAGUGUGGGUGCAGGUUAUUUGUUUUAGCCCAGCACUAACACACCUGAUUUAACUAUUUAACUAAUCAUGGUCUUCAAUCAAGACCUUGAUAAGUAGAAUCAGGCGUCUUUGUGCUGGGUUAGAACAAAAACCUGCACCCACAUCGGCCCUUUUCAGAUAAGAUUGGACAUCCCUGGUUUAACCAGUCAUGCAGGUUUACGGCUCCAAUGAUGUACAGGAAAGCAGUCUGAAUUUUGAGAUGACGUGUUUUGUUUUUUCAGAUGUCGUCGUUAAAAGUCAGUUACAAGAAAAACCAGGUUUCCUGUAACUGCCACUGGUUAGGCGCCUAAAAUUCUUUUUUUUUUUUUUGUGAAAUUGCUAAAAAACGGAAUGGAAGUAAUGCAAUCUCGUGGAACGCCACUACAGUGAGCUUUUGUCUGAGCACAGUAUUCACAAGAAGGAAAUGAAAAGAGUUAAAUGAGGAAAUGGUGCUGGCGAUUCAGUAAUUCUCCCCGUCUGUCCAUGUGGAGGAAAGGACUAGUCAUUGGGCACAGUUACACCUGGCAUUAAAAACAGACAUCCUUAUCCACACAGCUGUGAAUGCAUUGUCAUCUGUUUGUUAGCAGUGUGUCUACACCUGGCAUUAACCCUUGUGUUCCUUUUCCUUAUUUGCACCUGUGAAACUGUUAGCCCGGGUCACAUGUAUACCCAAGACAUUAUUGGAAUUUUAAAGCAAUACAGAAAUAGAAUUUAUCCAAAAUGCUCAAUAUAUAUUACCUUUAUUUCCAUUGCAAACAAUAUAUAUGGUUAAUGGUUGCCAGUUACCCAUUUGUUAGAUUAGCAAUGAAGGUGACAUUUCUUGUGAUAAAGAUAAAAACAAAUAUGGAUCCACGAUAAGGCAUGGGGGAAUGACAGGUGUCUAUCUGAAAAAGUAGAAAUGAAACAAUGUCUUCUGAUAUGGUUUAAA